UCAAUUGAAAAGAUCUUCAAGUUGAAUGAAGUUUUUAAAUUUGUUGCUGAAAUAUCAGAAGAAGCCGCGCGCGAGAUCUUGAUUCAUCUGUUGGAAAUAGCGGCGAAGGAAGCCGGAGAGUACAGCUUCGACAACCAAGCACCGUCAGUCGAAGAUUUGUCAGAAACACAAAAAAAUCUUUUAACUCUAUGUACACAGUUUUUCUUCUACUGCUCAGCAGACACGAGAACAGAACUUUUCCCCACUUUUCUUUCUAAUCUAGGAGGUGUUUUUUUAAUAAAUCCUAACCAGCUGAAUAUUGCAGCAAAGGAAAAUUUUGUUAAAACUACCGCUUCACUUAUGUACAUAUUUUUCUCUGAAAGCGACCAGUAUAAAGAGCAAAGUUAUAAUCAUUUGACAACUUUAGCACAGCAAUUAAACGCUGUUAUAGUUAGUAGAACAGGAGAACAGAAAGCAUCAGAAUUUUUGAAUGUAUUUCCAUGGCGUAGUGUUGACGAGUUUUUCUUAAUGAAAGAAGAAAACAACACUCACCUUUAUUUUACUCAAAUUGUAAAACCUCUUCCAUAUAAAAUGGUAAAGACGUUAGUUAGUUUAGAAGAGACAACAAAGAAGACAAACAUGAAUGGUGAUGAGUCAAGUGAAGAGAGCAGCAGCAGCUGUUGUUCAAAGCGUCAUGGUCUCUCCAGGGUUCGGUUGAUUUAUGCUUGGAAGGUGAACAGGUCAGAUGUGGAACUGAUGAUUGAGAUGAUGCCGUUUAUCACCGCUCCACACGAGAUAGGGGUUUGGGAUGAACUCGGUGAAGUGUUUGAUGCUGAGCUAACAGAGUCUCUACUGAGGAGCAUCCCAAGAACACACAAACUGGAGAGAUUAACACUCGGUCAUAUCAAUAUAACAUCAUCACCUGCUGUGGAGUUCAUCAGCAGAGUAUUUAAACAAGAUCUUCCAAACUUGAAGUAUCUCCACAUGUCAUUCAAUCCUCUUCUGGGUGCAGGAGUCGACAGCUUGAUAAAACAUCUCAGCUGCGCUCCUCACCUGGAGAGACUGUACCUUGUAGAAGUGAAGAUGACUCCACAGCAGGUGAUGAAUCUCACAUCAGCUGUACAGCAGCACGGAAACAUCACUCAACUGCUGUCACCCUACCACGUAAGUUUUCCAAUUUUAUCGCAAUUUGUUUCUUUAUUCUUUGUUUACAGUUUAUUUCUACUCAGCUCUUGCCUUUCGCCAUUUUCCUUUCUUUGUCAUUUUUAUACUCGACAAAACACGAGAUUUGCUUUUGAAAUCAAAUCACAAACUUUAGCAGAUUCAAAGAAUCAUUUCAAAUUCAUUUCUUUCAACUGAUUAAACUAACUCCAUAAAAUGUUUUAACUGAGAACGUUAAGAACAAGUAACUUUAGCUGAUAUUAAAACAUGGAGUUGAACACAAAAGGAGAAAUUUCGUAUCUUCAAGCAGCCAUAAGAUGAUAUUAUUGGGUAAAAACAAGAACUUUUAGCCAAACAAAAGCACAUAAUUUCCACAGUAUUAAUUUCUGAAUCAAUUUUAAUUCAUACUUUUUCAUAAAAUAACAAACAACAAUCAUAAAAGCAAAUGAAAGAUGUUCAGUUCAUGUUCAAUUUAAACAAAUAAGCAAAGAGUAAACACAUUGAACUCACAUUUAUCAUCCAAGGUUCCUAUAAAAUCAGUUUAAGUCAAGUGAAGUUCCUUUGAAAGUCCAAAAAACAAACAAGUCUUUUAUAGCUGUUCUUUUGUUAGUUCUUGAGCGUUUCUUUGGUAAAUACUGGUCCUUGCAGUUCGAUCGGUGAAGCCAUGGUUGGUUUUUGAAAUAACAACCCGCACAAAAAAAUUGUAUCUUCGAGACAACGGUUCAAAGCAACACCAAAAAAAUUUUCCUUACAGGUAAACACUUUGCUGUCCUCCACUGUAUAGCAUAAGUGUCCAUUGCACGAUUUUCAUCGCGUAAAAUAGCAUGAGCUUGUUUUCAAUUUUCCAAGAACACUCGCCAUACAAACCAAAUCCUGCGGAGCUUUGGGCUUUCGUGAAAUAUCCUUAUAAAUGAUGUUUCCUUGAGCUUCGAACAACACCUUAGCAUAUUCCUGAGUAAGAAGAGAUGAAUCCCUGUCUUAUGUAACAUUUCCUUGAUGUUUUCUUAUUAAAUUUUGAGUUCAUCCUGAACAGUUUGCCGUUGAAGAGCGAACUGAACAAACUACAAAAACAACAAACGAUGUCAUUCAAAGCCUGGUGACGUAGCGGCAGCUGAUUGGUUAAAUCCACCUCGGAUGAUUUUUCACGUGAUGACAUUUUCCCGCCUUUCGUUUCAUUACGUAACAAACUCCCGCCCGAAAAAAAAAUCACGGUGAUCAGCGAAUUUUGUGAGGCUGAAUAUAUUUUCAAAAGAAAAAAAAAAAAAGAUUUGCUAAUUUUGAUUUUGAUUCCACUAUUUUGAAUGCGAAUUUCUUGUACGUGCGCCUUGUGUUUCUCUUUGCAAUGCCGCCGAGGGGGGAGAGGUACUGGGGGGUAAAUCUCCCUCCUCCCUAAAGUUGGUUUAAAAAUUGGCGACGGGUAACACUCGUUUCUUGAACUUAGUCGUAAAGGAAGUUUUUUGACCUUCAGCGCUUCGCCUCUACACCAACAUACCAAACAAAGAAGGCAUAACCACCGUGUGUCUAGUGCAGUUCUGGCCUCUCUCUCUCUCUCUAUGUCACGCAACGCCGGAGAGAGAGGGUCCUCCCCCACAUCCCUUAUCAUCACGCAAGAGAAGUCAAAAUCUUCGCUUGGAAAAAUUUCUCCCAGCAAAUAACUGUAAAGACGCUUAAAAAUAGUUUGUCAGUUGUUUUUAAAACAUUAACCUUGUGCUCGUAUAAUUUUUGACAAGGUGCCGGGUUCGAAUCCUGCUCAGUAGCCUUUCUUUUUUCCUUCUGUCUUUCUCUUUUUUGUUUCGUUUUCGUUUUUGUUUUGUUUGCUUAUUUGUUUUGUUGUUGUUGUUUGUUCAAUAUAUACCUUCUAGAGCAAAGAUAGUAUAUAUAUGGAUAAACAAUCUGAAUUACUAUCGUUUCCUACAAUUUUCACUCCUUUUUUAUCGCAAUAUAUUUUACAAAACUAAAACAGUAGCCACAUGCAGUCACAGACUGCCUUUUAUUAUUUAGGCCAAGUUUCGACUGCUGAUCUUUGCUUUCGGCACGCGAGGCUUGUUUUGAACUUAGUACAUCUUGUCAAAGUUGUUGUCAUAUAAACAAUUGUCUUUCGUUGGUCACUGUAAUCGCAUUGUACUUUAAAUGAAGGUUUUCAAAUGUUACACGUCCACACUUUAUUAAAGGGAGAUGGGUUGUUUUAAGUAUUGUUUUGUAUUUUGUUGAAGGAUGAUGAAGGAAACCCCAAACCUGAGGAUGAAUGGCCAUCAGAGAACUACUGGAAGAGUGAGUACCCUCACCUCUUUCCUGAUUCAUCACCUGAAUCAGCGCAUGAACGGGAGCAGGUUAGUCAUCACUCACCUAUUUCUGUGAAAGUUUAUUUAUUAAUAUUAGUAAGACUUUCAGUGUCUGUGUGA